AUGUCUCGAACAAACUCAGACGAGGGUGAAAAUGCAAUUACCGCCGUGCUAUACGGAUCACCCUACGACGCCGCCAGCGGAGACCUGGCUGUACGCGCCUCCGAUAACGUGUUCUUCUUAGUACCCAAGUUAUUGGUUACAUUGGCACCGUCCCUUCGUGAUCGCCUUGCGACUUCAGAAGGCGGUGAAAACGAUUGCCCAUACUCUACACUGAUUGGAGAUCGCGCCGUGCUUUCCUUAUCUUAUCCGUCACCCAUCGUGGCUUAUCUGCUGUCGACCCUUCUACCUGUUCCUUUGGUACUACCCAAGACAUUCAAUGACGCCGCACUUGUUUUGUCUGCUGCAAGAGAACUUGGUAUCACGCGCUGUGCUGAUAUCAUGAAACAUGUUCUGCGGCUUGACGAUCUUAUACUCUCAGAUCCUAUUGGCGCAUACUUCACUGCUUCUCAGCACGAUCUCCCUGAAGAGAUGCUCCGCGCGGCGAAGUACUCUUUAGGACACGACCUACGUCUCGAAGAUCACAAUGUACCCGGCGACUUCUUCUACAGACUCUACACUUAUCGGCAAGCGUGGGUGCCACAAUCAAGCAUCAUCCUCACGACGUUCAACCUUCGCUACUCGCGAACUCCUUUCUGGACCGAGGAACACCCGCAGACAAUAGACGGAUGCGUGUUUUUACAGCCAUCAUGGCCUACGUUACUUUCGUCUUGGAUUUCUGAGGCUUUGAAGACUCCCUUGAGGAUCAACCGCACGAUGCUGGGCCUCAAUCUGGCUCAUUGCGAGCUUAUAUCAUCCCGCCGCUGUCCACAUUGUUCGAAGAUUGACCUCGGAAAGCUUGAAGCAUUCUGCACUGAACUAGAAGAGUCAGCUUCGCAUGGCUUCCGAUGGAUUCCCUUGUCAUGGAAGCCCGAUCCCUACGCGUUCAUGUCCUGUAUCAAGAGCGAGCCGGGCUCGCUGGACAAAGUUCAUCCGAACCACUCGCGCGCUGAUGCAGACGUCAUCUUGCGUUCUUGUGACGGUGUUCUAUUCAGGACUCACAAGAUCAUCUUGUCCAUAUCGUCGGCUUUUUUUGAGGACAUGUUCAGUCUGCCCAAGGUAUCCUCUGCUAGCGCUCCCAUAUCGCCCGAUAUGGUGCAGAUGACAGAAAGCGCUACGACCCUUGAGUCGUUACUGUCUGUGAUAUUACCCAUCACAACAGUGAUUCCCGACAACUACCCCGAGUACCUCCUUGUCCUAGCAGCUGCUCAGAAGUUUGACAUGGAUUACGCCCUUGUCACGCUACGCGCCGGUGCAUCUACUGGGGUGAAGCCCAGUGAUCCUUGCCUGGUCUACGGCAUCGCGUCACAUUUACGCCUACGAGAAGAGGCCCUUUCAGCCGCGAAGGAGCUCCUCGCCUGUCCAAUGACGAUUGAACACUACAAAAAUAACAUCUGCUAUCUCAGCGCAGAUGCUCUCCAGUUACUUCUCAGCUACCGAGACCGAUGCCAGGAAACUAUACAAACUCUUGCCACGAACGAUGACAUCCUUCACAACGCAUUAUGGGAUGCCCUCGGAUCUCCCGGGGCUAUCCAGGGGUGUAAAACGACGAUUACACGGAAUACCCAUCCUGUGCCAGGCUGGAUUGCGUCUUUGCGCUCCGCCAAACCAGGAGACAGACAUGCAUUGCUUGAUCGCCCACUGUCAGCGUGGGCGCAAAGUGACCUUGAGGACGCCAUCGCGUCGCACACGGCAACAUCUCCACCGUGCACUUAUUGCCGGUUGUUGUCACGUCCACUUCUGUAUCGCACAGUAUCCACAACUUUGCGAGAAAUGACGAUCCGUUCGAUUACGUUCCCAACAUGGGACUGA